GUCUGGAGUGCCUGGAGGUGGCGGCAGCUGCGGGGCGGUGUCGUGGGAAGCGGACAAGGAUGCGAGAGGAGGACCGCCCCAGUUCGUGACACCGGCGGUGAAGAUGGCGCUGAACAGGAACCACUCAGAGGGCGGCGGGGUUGUGUUGCCCCACGGAGAAUGUAUUAUCAAGCAGUGUAAAGAUGUGGAGUUGACCUUUAUUGAUGUGACAAGCAAAUCUGAUAUCUUCAAAGGCACCAAAAAAGGGACGGUGUUUCUUACCCCUUAUAGGGUCAUCUUUUUGUCAAAGGGAAAAGACCCAAUGAUGUCCUUUAAUAUGCCAUUCACCUUGAUGAAAGGAUGUUCUAUUGAACAGCCAGUAUUUUCUGCUAAUUAUAUCAAAGGAGUGAUACAGGCAGAACCAGGAGGUGGCUGGGAAGGUCAGGCUUCAUUUAAGAUGAGCUUCUGCAGUGGAGGUGCCAUCGAAUUUGGACAAAUGACGUUCAGACAGGCCAGUGAUCGUUCCAGGGGAGUACCUUUCCAGAGCUUUGUCUAUGGGUUUGCAUAUUUUGCUGGGGGCUAUGCUCCUCCCGCACCUGUUCCAGGAGGCUACGUACCAGCAUCAGGGACUUACAUUGUUCCACCACCUGCUGCUGGACAAUACCAUUAUAUGCAUGCACCAAUGAAUGGAUACGGACCAGCUCCACAGCCUAUGGGAUAUCCAUAUCCGCCUCCUCCAGGCAUGUAUCCACCACCAGGUGGGAUGUAUAUGGCACCUCCUCCCUCAUAUCCUGGCCCUGCUGUUGCAGGCCCUUCGGCUCCUUCAGCCCCUAAAACCUGGGUAGAGCCUGGAAUGCCAGGUGGCAACAAAGCAACGCCUGGGACUUCUAGUGCAUAUUAUAACCCUGCCAAUCCUCAUAAUGUCUACAUGCCUAUGGAUCAGCCGCCUCCUUAUUCACCACCUGAUGAGAAAAAAAACAACUAGCAGGAGCCCAGCAGCAGCCCUCCUCCCUCGUGUGUUUUUGCCGUUGAAGACAUCAUUGCUGCCACCUCUGGCUUUCUGUUACUAGAUCAUUCAGUAUCAAUAACAUGUACCAUGUUAGGGUGAUUUAACAUCAACAACUCUUAAACUUUUGUCAUGGCAAUACAAAAUGACAGUGAUGGCAACACUUUCUUCACUGUUUGGCUGUUCUGGGGCCCAAGUUGGAAUGCUGUAACUCUUUCAGCCUUUUAGUUUGAAGGAGAGAUUAAUUGCCCACACUGCAAAGGAAGACAAAUCUCAUGCAUAGGAAUGAAAUAUUGAACCUCUUUGCAUGACGUAGAACACUUUAAAUGAUGCACAAAUAUGCAUAUAAAAGAAGUCUUAUGCCCAUUGGCAUUAGUGCGAUGUGUUAAAAUUGUAACUCUGUGCAGUUUAAUGCAUGAGAGGGGAAUUCUGUAAAUAUGUUGGAGGCUUCUGUCUCCUUACUUUUCCCUUGGGGGAAAAGUCUGCCAUGAUGUUUAGAAAACAGCCACUAUUGGUGUGGUUGGGGAAGGAAAGACUAGAAGAGUAACCAAUAACUGUUAUUGUAUCUUCAACUACAUGGGGGAAAUCACACAAACAGCAAAGAUUUUGUUCAUUCUUUGGAUUUUCAUUACUCAUAAAAGAGAAGUAUUGAGAUGUUACAGAUUUCACGCACUAGAAUUCUCAAUUGCUUUCCUUAUGACUCUGGAUCUCAAGUGUAUCAUAUCUCUUGCAGAGGUUGGGACAUAGUAACAGGUCUCAAAUUUAAAUGAGGCCAAGUUCUGACGGAUAGAAGAUAUGUUUAUAUGAACUGGAACCAAAGUGACAGCAUUGUGAAAGUAGGAGCCUGGUGAACAGAACAAAACAUAAUUAAGCAAAGGGUGCAGAUUAAACUCUUGACAUCCUGCAGUUGGUACCUGUGCAGAAAGCCUUCUGGAAACCAGCAUUCCCUUUGUCCACAGUAGUAGCUAGUAUAACAGAGAUAAAUAUAUUUAGCAGGAAGGCAUCUUGUCAGAGAUGAACACUGAAGCCAUUUCUCCAGCUUGGCCUUUGUGCAGGUUGAGCUAGGCAUGAAUGUAACUAGAAGCACUGCACAAUGCAACAAAACUAUGUGAGCAAGUGACAGGCAGUAUUGGAAGAACUAGCUUAACUGAGUGAAGAAGGCAAGAACUGUGAUUUUAAAAAAUUAGCUUUCUGCAAACCUUUGUUAGAAUGCCUUUCUUAACAAGCUAUCGCUAAGAAGAGUCAGGUUUAGCUGCAACUUGACUUACUUAGUUCUAAAGAGAACUCUUGCUCCUUUUGAUGGAAGGGGGUAUUGGGGAAUUUUUCCUCCAGAAGGCUUGGACUUUCCCCCCCCACAAGAGCUCAAGAUACACUCUGGUAUCAGUUUCCCCCUCUAGUAGCUGAGCGCAUUACUCAGUGUUACAGAUAUGGGAGGAACUUUUUUCUAAUAAAACCUUUUAUCUGGAAUCCAAGAUGGUUAGUGUUCCACAAUAUAAUAUUUAGCUCUGUUUAUAAUAUUUUUGGAUUGCACUUUAAUACAGAAGUAUUGAAAUCU